UCCAGAAGAUCUUCUUUUAACUUGAACGAAAGACGACAGUCCAUUGCAAGUGCAAUCAAUGUUCCUGGUGGUUUUAGAAGAGAAUUUAUUAUUAAAAAAGUUAUAAAUAAUUCAAAUCAUAAUAACCCCAAAUCAAGCAAACUAACUUCAAAUACAAACAACAGUAAUGACGAUAUCACUUUACCUCCCUUUUUAACUCGAAAUUUCAUGGAAUUUUUGUCUAUUUAUGGUCAUUUUGCUGGUGAAAAUUUGGAAGAUUACGAUUUUAAAACCUGUGCAAUUAAAUUACCCUCAAAAUCAAUUGAUGAAGAAACUCCUCUUUUAUCCGAAUCUUCCUCCACUAAUAUCUCUUCUUCAGCUUUUAAUAAACAAAAAGGAACUGCAACUCCGUUAAAGGCCUUCUUCCUAUUAUUUAAAGCAUUUAUAGGUACUGGUAUCUUAUUUUUACCAAAGGCCUUUUUAAAUGGUGGCUUACUUUUUUCUUCAAUUGUUUUAUUCUUCUUUGGUUUAUACUCUUAUUGGUGCUAUUACCUAUUAGUCCAAACUAAAUCUGCUACAAAUGUCUCCUCUUUUGGUGACAUUGGUUUAAUCCUAUUUGGCUAUAAAAUGAAACUUCUCAUUUUAUUUUCAAUAGUCUUAUCUCAAAUUGGCUUUGUAGCUACUUAUUUGGUAUUCACAAGUAAUAACUUGAUUGCAUUCAUUAAAAACAUCUUUAAUUUCGAUGUCUCAUUCAUUUUUAUGUUAUCAAUCCUAUGUCUAAUCUUUAUGCCAUUAUCUUUAAUUAGAAACAUUACAAAAUUAUCUUUAGCUGCAUUAUUUGCCAACGUUUUCAUUUUUUUCGGUUUGAUCGUCAUUGUUUAUUACACUUCAUUUCAUUUAAUUCUUAAUGGUCCGGCCAACGAUAUUAUUUUUUUCAAUUCAAAUGAUUGGCCCUUAUUCAUAGGUGUAGCCAUUUUUUCCUUUGAAGGUAUUGGUUUAAUUAUCCCAAUUCAAGAAUCAAUGGCUCAACCAGAAAAAUUUCCAAAAGUUAUGUUUUUAGUCAUAGUUUCAAUUUCAAUUUUAAUGAUCUCAAUUGCUUCAUUAUGUUAUAUGACUUAUGGCUCAAAAACCCUAACUGUAAUUAUACUAAAUUUACCACAAGAUUCAAUCUUUGUCAAUCUAAUUCAGCUAUUCUAUUCUUUAGCUAUUUUAUUAUCUUCUCCUUUGCAAUUGUUUCCUGUUAUUAAAAUCUUGGAAAACAAUAUUUUUGGUCCAAAUUUACAUGGCAAAUUUGAUUGGAAAAUUAAAUGGUUAAAAAACUUUUUCAGAUUUUCAAUCGUUAUCCUGUGCACCCUUAUUGCAAUUUAUGGUGCUGAUAACUUGGAUAGAUUUGUCUCAUUGGUUGGUUGUCUUGCUUGCAUUCCUUUAGUUUAUAUGUACCCUCCAAUGCUUCAUUAUAAAUCCUGUGCAAAGGACAAACUUGCCAGACUUUCUGAUAUUUGUUUAGUCAUAUUUGGUGGAAUAGCUCUCAUUUACACAACUUCUCAUCUCUUGUGA